AUGGCAAAAAGUAAACGAAGUAAAUGGUGUCGAGCAAUGCGUAGUGCAAAACGUACAAAAUUAUCUAACAAAGAUGAACUAAAACGACAACUUUUGACAUCAUUAAAAAUGGAUGAUGAAAAUAGUGAACUAUCGUUGCUCAAACCAGCAGUACCAUCAACAAAAAAUAGUCAAGAUGAUGUAGAGAAAAUUGUCAAUGAUUCGAAAGAAGGUAUGCAAAUAGAAAAUGAUUCUGUGCCAAGUAAAUAUAAUAAAAAGACGCUCAAAGAUGAACAUGGCCAAUAUCCAUCAUGGUUAAAUGGUCGUCAACGUAAACGUUUUCAAGCAAAAAAUGUCAAAAAGAUCAAAAAGAAACCGUUAACUGGAACAAAAACAAAAAAUACUAAAACCAUUAAGAAAAAUUUAAUAUUAGAAAAUGCUAAAGUGAAUGAUGUAGCUUUUUUGGUUGGUGGUGAUCCAUUAUCAGCUACAACUCAUACAGAUCUUAUAUUACGUGCUGUUGAAUUAAAUAUACCAUAUAAAAUAAUUCAUAAUGCAUCGAUUAUGAAUGCCAUUGGAAGUUGUGGUUUACAAUUAUAUCAUUUUGGUGAAACUGUAUCAAUUGUAUUUUGGACAGAUAAUUGGAAACCAACAAGUUUUUGUGAUAAAAUAAUUGAUAAUAGACGACGAAAACUUCAUACAUUAUGUUUACUUGGUAAUUAUUAG